AACUGUCAUUUUAUGACAGCGUAAAUAAAAUUCUACAAAAAAAAAAUGUUUUAUUCAUCACAAUUCUGCAGAUAGACUUUUUACAAAAAAUAAAUAAAAGUAUUAAAAUAAUUAAGUAAAAAUGGAUACUUCACUUGAGAUGUUCGAUGACAUUCCACAAAGUCUUGAGGGCGAUAUGUCUGUUCCCUCAAAAAACAAAAACACGUCACAAUUGGGAGCUCCAGAUUUCAAUACUCUUGAUGAGCCUAUUAAAGAAACAAUGAUGCGUGAUAUCCGAGCUGUCGGUGUCAAGUUCUACCACGUUCUUUAUCCAAAAGAAAAGUCAAGUUUGCUGCGUGAUUGGGAUCUCUGGGGACCAUUGGUGCUGUGCACUUUUAUGGCAACAAUUCUGCAAGGAUCUGCUGACAGUACUUACGACGGAGGUCCCGAAUUCGCCCAAGUGUUUGUGAUUGUGUGGAUUGGUGCAGCAAUUGUGACACUCAAUUCAAAACUCCUCGGAGGAAACAUAUCUUUCUUUCAGUCAGUUUGUGUUUUAGGCUAUUGUUUGACUCCAGUCGCCUUGGCACUUAUUGUCUGUCGUGUCAUUCUCCUCGCAACACAAACAAAGCUGUUGUUUUUCUUAAGAUUAUUGACAACUAUGGUUGGGUUCUUUUGGGCCACUUAUGCUUCUUUUGUAUUUUUGGGUGAAAGUCAGCCCCCAAAUCGUAAGCCUCUUGCCGUCUAUCCAAUAUUUCUAUUCUUCUUUAUUGUAUCGUGGCUUGUUAUCUCACAUAAUUAAGUAAAUACAUUGCAUUUAUACAAAUAAAUUAAA